UAGUGUCUUUCAGUGCAGAACAUUCUCAAGGAACUCUACAUAAAUUAUCAUAUACUGGAGAAUUCUGGAAGAUGGCACCCCUGAGAGCCUGAGCACAUGACCUUGAAAUCACCUAUUACACACUCUCACCUCACCUUUUCCCCUCCACUAUAAAUAGGGGUUCCCUUUCCCUUUUUCCCCGCAUUAUCACACCAAACCCCUGGCUGAGCAGUUGGCUCUGUACACCUUGUCUCCACUUGGCUACCUUACUCUCCUUUGCCUGAGUGAUUAGCAUACCUGUGUAUUCUGAAAGGGAAAUAACCUAGUGAGCGGAAGUUCCAGUCUCCUGCUUCUUACACUGCUACAUGAGCAGAGGGGUAAUGCUACAAUACAAUAAAAUCAAAUGUAACUAAGAUAUUAUAAGAGUUCAAGAGUCAAAGGCCGUCAAAAACGUAUGUCUUGAGAUGAGAUUUAAAGACGGCAAAAUAAGUGGUGUUUUUAAUACUCGGGAAGUGUUUUGGAAAAAUUAGGUCCAAAAAACUCGGUCCCCUUAUGACCGAUAUGACCUCCUCGAAACUUUCAGGAGGCAAACGGAAACCGGACGAGGUUCGGAGCUUAACGAACAUGGUGGAGCUGGAAAAGGACGUUCUACCGCUGCCGCCGCGGUAUCGGUUCCGAGACCUGCUGCUCGGGGACUGGCAAGCGGACGACAGGGUGCAGGUGGAGUUCUAUGUGAAUGAAAACACGUUCAAGGAGCGCCUCAAGCUGUUUUUCAUUAAAAACCAAAGAUCGAGUCUGCGAGUACGACUGUUCAACUUCUCCCUGAAGCUCCUGAGCUGUCUCCUGUACAUCAUCAGAGUCCUGCUAGAUGACCCAAGGGAGGGCAGGGGGGGCUGCUGGGGCUGUCCCAAGCAGAACACCUCAACACUGCUGAAAAGCCAGUUCGAUUGGUCACUGAUAAUUUGGGUAAACAGGCCCCUACCACUCUGGGCAUUGCAAGUUUUGGUGGCGUUAAUCAGCUUUUCAGAAACCAUGCUGGUGGUGUACCUCAGCUAUAAGGGCAACGUGUGGGAGCAGGUGUUGCGAGUCCCGUUUAUUCUGGAGAUGAUCAGUGCCGUGCCAUUCGUCAUCACAGUAAUUUUGCCUUCCCUCAGGAACCUCUUCAUCCCUGUUUUUCUAAACUGUUGGUUAGCAAAGCAUGCGCUGGAAAAUAUGAUUAAUGACCUUCACCGAGCUAUUCAAAGGACCCACUCUGCUAUGUUCAAUCAAGUCCUCAUCUUGAUUUGUACUCUGGUUUGCCUGAUGUUUACAUGCAUCUGUGGGAUCCAGCACUUGGAGCGAGCUGGGAAUAACCUGACGCUGUUCGACUCUCUGUAUUUCUGCAUCGUCACAUUCUCCACAGUGGGCUUUGGCGAUGUGACACCCAAGAUCUGGCCCUCCCAGCUUCUUGUGGUCAUCAUGAUCUGCGUGGCCCUCAUUGUUCUGCCAAUCCAGUUCGAGCAGCUGGCAUUCCUGUGGAUGGAGCGACAGAAAUCAGGUGGUAACUACAGCCGUUACCGGGCCCAGACAGAGAAGCAUGUGGUGCUGUGCGUCAGCAGUCUCAAGAUCGACCUUCUCAUGGACUUCCUCAAUGAGUUCUACGCUCACCCUAGACUACAGGAUUAUUACGUUGUGAUCCUGUGCCCCACGGAAAUGGAUGUGCAGGUGAGGAGAGUGCUCCAGAUCCCACUGUGGUCCCAGAGAGUCAUCUACCUACAGGGCUCAGCUCUCAAAGACCAAGACCUCAUGAGAGCCAAGAUGGAUGAUGCCGAGGCCUGCUUUAUCCUUAGCAACCGUUUUGAGGUGGAUCGCAUCGCUGCUGAUCACCAGACAAUUCUCAGAGCAUGGGCUGUGAAGGACUUUGCCCCCAACUGUCCCCUCUACGUCCAGAUCUUGAAACCAGAGAACAAGUUUCAUGUCAAGUUUGCAGAUCAUGUCGUAUGCGAGGAGGAAUUCAAGUACGCUAUGCUGGCUCUCAACUGCGUGUGCCCUGCGACCUCCACUCUCAUCACACUCCUCAUUCACACCUCCAGAGGACAAACAGCACCUCCAGAGGCUUUCCGGCAACGUGCAGGGGCUUUCCAGCCCCUCAGCAGAGAGGCUGGAGCCAGCUCAGCCGACCAAUGGCAUCGCACAUACAGCCGCUGCUCAGCCAAUGAAGUCUAUCACAUUCGCCUGGAGGAGAGCAAGUUCUUUGGGGAGUACCAGGGCAAGAGCUUCACCUUCGCCUCCUUCCAUGCACACAAAAAGUAUGGGGUGUGUCUGAUUGGAGUACGGCGAAUGGACAACUCCAACAUCCUCCUCAAUCCAGGGCCCUGCCACAUCAUGAGCGCCUCCGACACCUGUUUCUACAUCAACAUCUCCAAGGAGGAGAACUCUGCCUUCAUCUUAAGCCAGCAGGAGGCGCUGCGAGGGGGGCAUGCAGUACCCCAGACCAUCUACCACGGCCUCACACGACUGCCUGUUCACAGCAUCAUUGCCAGCAUGGGCACGGUGGCUAUGGACCUGCAGGACUCCAGUGGCAGCAGUCCAGACAGUGCCGGAGGAGGCACAGGAGAAGGAGGCAACACACUGGCCCUUCCCGCUGCCGACCAAGGCCGGGAGAGGCGUCACAGCAUUGCGCCAGUGCUGGAGCUGAUGGACACUGUGCCCUCACCUUCCUUCGACCUGUUGAGCGACCAAUCAGAAGAUGAAGGGGGCCCGGAGGAGGAUGACGAAGACCACGACACUGGCACCACCAAUGAGUGGGUAAAAGGGUACCCCAUGAAUUCUCCGUACAUUGGUAGCUCCCCCACUUUGUGUCACCUCCUACAAGAAAAAGUGCCAUUCUGCUGUCUGCGGCUUGAUAAGGCUUGUCACCACAUCCCAUACGAGGAUGCCCGUGCCUAUGGUUUCAAGAACAAGCUGAUCAUCGUGUCUGCAGAGAGUGCUGGCAACGGGCUUUACAAUUUCAUAGUGCCUCUGCGGGCCUAUUACCGGCCCAAGAAAGAGCUCAACCCCAUUGUUCUGCUGCUAGAGAGUCCACCAGAAGUCCAUUUUCUGGAAGCUAUUUGCUGGUUUCCUAUGGUCUACUACACUGUGGGCUCCAUUGACAAUCUGGACAGCCUUUUGCGGAGUGGGGUAACCUUUGCAGCCACUAUGGUGGUGGUGGACAAGGAAAGCUCCAUGAUUGCUGAAGAGGACUAUAUGGCUGAUGCUAAAACCAUCGUGAACGUGCAGACACUCUUCAGGUUGUUUCCUGGUCUCAGCAUCAUUACAGAGCUCACCCAUCCUGCUAACAUGCGGUUUAUGCAGUUCAAAGUUAAGGAUCAUUAUUCCCAGGCUCUCUCCAAGCUAGAAAAGAAAGAGCGAGAGAAGGGAUCUAACCUGGUGUUUAUGUUCCGGUUGCCAUUUGCUGCAGGCAAAGUCUUCAGUGUUAGCAUGCUAGAUACUUUACUGUACCAGUCCUUCGUGAAAGACUACAUGAUAUCCAUCACACGCCUUCUGCUGGGGCUAGAUUCAAUGCCAGGCUCCGGCUUUCUGUGUGCAAUGAAGAUCAGCGAGGAAGACUUAUGGAUUCGUACCUACGGAAGGUUGUACCAGAAGCUCUGUUCAUCUACUGGGGAUAUUCCCAUUGGAAUCUAUCGCACAGAGUCCCACACUCUGCCUGUAUCUGAGUCUCAGGUGUCUAUCAAUGUGGAGGACUGCGAGGACACCAGGGAGCCCCGGGAGCCCAUCCUAUGCCGCGUCAGCCAUCGCAACUCCACCUCCAGCGACCAAUCCGAUCACCCACUCCUCCGCCGCAAGAGCAUGCAGUGGGCCCGCCGACUGAGCCGCAAGGGUGGGCGGCACCCGGGGAAGAGCAGCGCCGCCGAGCGCAUCUCCCAGCAGCGCAUGACGCUAUUCCGGCGCUCCGAGAGGCAGGAGCUCAAUGCCUUGGUGAAGAACCGCAUGAAGCACUUGGGACUCUCCCCAUCUGGCUACAAUGAAAUGACAGAUCAAGGGAACACCUUAUCCUACAUCCUAAUCAAUCCUUCCCCAGACAGCCGCCUGGAGCUCAACGAUAUUGUGUAUCUGAUCCGGCCUGACCCCCUGUCUCUGGUGUCCAGCAGGGCAGGUAGCCGGAAAGGUAGCGUGGGACACUGCGAUGGGCACAAGUUCGACACGCGGGACAGUACCCACUUGUAAGAAGAGAGUCCUAGGGAAAAAAAACACACCACCGCCAACCAAUGGAGAAACAAGUGGAUGACAGACUGAGGGAUGGGGUAGGAUGUCUGGAAUAGGGAAUGAAGAAAAUACUGGAGAGAGACACAGACUGAGGGUUGGGGUAGGACACCUGGGAUGGAGAUGAAAGAAAUGCUGGAGAAACAAAGACUAAACUGUUCAGUGAGGUGCAUAAAUAGGAAAGAGUAUACAGGGAUAAGAGUUGUGGACAUUUCGGUAAGAAUAUAGACUACCCUGAGGCAAUUUUUAUUUUUUUUUUAAAGAAAGGGGCUCUGAAGUUUCUACCAUGUAUUUAUUUUCAGAAUAUUUAUUUCUUUACUUUGAAUGUAAAAAUAUAUUUUUCAGAAGCUAUUCUUGCAGGAGACAAUUAGAGGGAGACUGCCUAGAGAGCUUACCCCUUUGUGCUGGCCUGCAAUCGGUUUUGAAAUCCCAGGAGAGGGAUUAAAAAAUCACUUAUAUCAGGACUUUAUUCCAAGACUGCCAAAUUAAAAAUGUUGCCAAACUAUGUCGGAGUGUGUGCCUGUGUGCAAAAUGUGGAACAAGAGAUGGCAAACCUUGCCAUCACAGACUAAAUUUCGAUGCUUUGGAUGGAAAUUUAAUCAACAGCAGCUAAAAGUCCUCUUGUAACUUGACUUCAUCAUUGGAGGCUGUGUUGGACUCACUGAAACAGGAAGCAUUUCUCACUCUGUCCUGUCUGAGAUCGGGGCCUGGCAGGAUUGUCUGUGAUGAUAUAUGGCAGUCCAAUUUCAAAAAUGAAAUUCAUGAAAAGAAAGCAAACAGUUCCUUUAAUGAACACUCAAGACUUACCCCAGUUUAUCAGAUUAAAGCAGCUGUAAUUUCACCUGGCAGCCAUGCUGACCUUAUAUUAAAGAGUGAGCUCCUUAAAAGUAAAACAGUGAGAGACAGUGGUGGUUUAGACCACUCAAGUCACUAACUGACUUGAAGUGGUUAAGAGGGAAAAGUGAGACUCUGAAGACUCUUUGGCUAUCCAGGAUGGACUAAUAGGGGUUGUCACUGGUUCAGAAGAGUUAAAUAUGAAAUUAGUCUUGACACAGACUAAUUGUCAACAUGACCAGAUGGUGAAAUGUUUCGUUAGCCACAAGCAGAGUUAAUAUUAAAAGGCAAACACUACUAUCCCACUCCAGAAUUUUGUCCUGUGUACUCUGCUGGUAUGUAAAAUAAACAUCUGCAGUACUUACUGUUACAUUUAUUAGAAAAAAAACAUUUAUUUUGUCAUCAGAUUUAAAAGCACUUCCUUAUCAACAUGAACAAGUGAGUCAUGCACUUUGGUACUGUCACGCAGGGGCUGACUGCGGAGGAUAGGGAUCCAAUGCGGCACCCUAGGUAGGGUUGGUGCUAGACAUAGGCGUAGUCUGAGUAAACAGGCAGAGGUCUGAGUCCGGGUAGGCGUAGUAGAGACGUAGGCACAGAAUCGGUAGGCAAAGGCGUAAUCGAGGAAACAGGCUGGGGUCGGAGCCCAGGAAGGCGUAGAAGAGGCAUCGGAGUGGAUUCGGAAGGCGGAGGCAUAAUCGAAGAGACAGGCAGGGGUCAGGAUCCAAGAGAGCGUUCUAGAGGCGAAGGUACAAAAUCGAGUGGCAAAGAGGUAGUUGAAAAAAGCAGGGUCGAGGUCCAGGGGAGAAUCAGUAGUAAGGCGAAGGUGUAGAUAGAAGGUAAGCUCAGGGAGAGAAUCUCAAUCGUGAACACUGACUGGGGGACUGAUGUGGGUUUAAGUAGAGGACUGAUUGACGCAUGCAUGUUUGGUACGGGGAGAGCUCGUGGGAAUGCAGGAGCGCUUGCCUGCGCGAGAGAGAUUCAUGACAGAACCCCCCCUUCAGGGGCAGCUCCGGACGCCGUAGAUAGAGGAGGAGCACGGGAGGGAAGAAAGUCCGGGAUAAGGGUCUUAUCGAGGAUGUCCCGUGCAGAGCCCCAGGUUCUUUCCUCAGGACCAUAGCCGAUCCAGUAGACCAAAAACUGUCUCGAACCCCUAUGCCAACGGCAUUUGAGGACCUUAUUGACUGUAUAUGUGGUGGAUCCGGCGAUGGAACGAGGUCGAGGCGGAAGAGGUUGUGGUCUGGAGAGGGGUGACCUGUGGUAAGGUUUGAGAAGGGAGACAUGAAAGGUGGGGUGAAUGCGAAGAGUUGGGGGGAGAGCCAAGCGGUAAGUGACAGAAGUGAUCUGGGAAAUGACCCGGAAGGGACCAAUAAAUCGAGGGCCCAACUUGUGGGAGGGUUGAUGGAGAGAGAUGUUGUGGGUGGAGUGGCAGACAAAUUGCCUAGGAAACGGUGUGAGGCCUUUAGGAGGGCGCGCCGGGCCGUCUUCCAGAGUUUCCUUAAGGCAGAGAUAUAUAUGUGAACAGAAGGGAGGUCCGAGUCCGAAGGCGUUUUCCGGAGGAGCGAAGGUUGAUAACCCAGGGAGCAUAGAAAGGGAGACAUGCCAGUAGCCGAAGAGUAUAGAGCGUUGUGAGCAUACUCAGCCCAUGGGAGUAAAGAGGUCAAGUCAUCCUGAGUGGCUGAGAUGUAAGCCCGCAGGUAAAUAAGGUCCUGGUUAUGCCUUUUGGUGUGGCCGUUGGAUUCUGGAUGAUAGCCAGAAGUAAGAGAAACGUUGGAGCCCAGAGCAGAACAGAAGGCCUUCCAGAAGCGCGAGAUAAACUGUGGACCCCGAUCAGAGACGAUGUCCUACCGGAUCCCGUAGAGACGAAAAACGUGCCGUACAAAGAGAAUGGCCAUUUGUUGAGCAGAAGGCAGGGAGGAGCAGGGAAUGAAAUGAGCUGCCUUGGAGAACCUGUCAACGACGACCAUAAUCACCGUGUUGCCUAGACUCCUGGGAAGGUCCGUGAGGAAAUCCACAGCAAUAUGGGACCAAGGCUGUGUGGGUACUGGGAGAGGUUGGAGUAAACCAGCCUUCCGGUGACGGGGCGUCUUAAUCCGAGCGCAGGUGGGACAGGCUCUCACGUAAUCCGAAACAUCAGCCCGUAAGGAGGGCCACCAGAAGUCCUCAGAGACAAGUUCCAAUGUCCGGUGGGCGCCAGGAUGACCCGCAAAACGAGAGUCAUAAGCCCACUGGAGAACCUCGGAACGGACCCGAUCAGUCAGAAACAGCUUAUCCGAAGAGCAUGAGGGAGGUACAGGCUGGCCCUUGAGGGCAUUUUAGACGAUGUGCUCAAUGUUGGGACGGAUCGCCGCAAUUAUCUGAUGAGGGGGUAUGAUGGGUUCGGGGGGGGAGUUCGAGCUCUGGUGGAUCAAACAGAUGGGAGAGGGCAUCCGCCUUGAUAUUCUUAGACCCGGGGGUGUAUGUGAUGAAAAAGGCAAAACGGGCAAAAAAUAGGUACUAUCUGGCCUGGCAAGAAUUGAGGCGCCAAGCAGACUGGAGAUAGGAGAGGUUCUUAUGGUCUGUGAAAAUGGUGAAUGGAUGUUGAGCUUCCUCCAGCCAGUGCCUCCAUUCUUCCAGGGCGAGCAUGAUGGCCAAGAGCUCUCUGUCUCCUACAGUGUAGUUAACCUCAGCAGGGGAGAGACACCUGCAGAAGAAAGCACAGGGAUGGAGAGAUGAGUUGUCCCCAGAUUGCUGCGACAGGAAUGCUCCAACGCGGUGCGCCGAUGCGUCGACCUCUAAAACGAAGGACAGCGAGGGAUCAGGGUGAAGAAGGAGGGGAGCUGAAAUGAAGAGGUGUUUCAGGCGUAAAAAGGCUCGAUCAUCCUCAUCGGUCCACUUGCCCAGAGUCGGACCCUUACAAGUGAGGACAGAGAUGUGAGCGGCAACGGAGCUGAAAUCACGAAUGAAACGAUGAUAGAAGUUAAAGAAUCCAAGAAAGCGUUGAACCUGCUUCAAAUUCUGGGGGGUUGGCCAGUCCCUAAUGGCCGCCGUCUUGGAGGGGUCCAUCUCGAUGCCCAGGGAAGAGAUGAAAUAACCUAGAAAUUGGACAGUGGAAACAUGAAAGUAACACUUUUCCAGUUUGGCAUAGAGGCUGUUCUUAAUAAGGUGAGAUGAGGUGAGAUAAGGUGAGAUAAGGAGAUGAGGACGGGCGGAUGAAACCAGACUGCAGGGCGUCCUGAAUGUAGGUAUCCAGUGCCUUGGUUUCCUUCAUGGAGAGGGGGUAAACACGCCCUCUAGGUGGUAAGGCUCCAGGGACAAGAUCAAUAGCGCAAUCGUAAGGGCAAUGAGGAGGAAGCGAAAGAGCUCUUCGUUUGCUAACUGCAAUGUGAAGAUCGGCAUACUCGGGGGGUAUAAGUGGUGAGGUGACGUGAGAGAUCUGAAGAACAUGAGGUUUCGUGGGGAACUGACAGCAGUGGGUCAGGCAGUGAUCACUCCAGGCAGUGUUCCUUGCUGGACCAGGAAAUACGGGGAUUGUGUAACUGUAGCCAAGGGAAGCCGAGGAUAAGUGGGAGAGAAGGAGAACGGAGGAGGAGAAGCCGAGUAUGUUCCAGGCGGGUGGCACCAAUACGCAGGGAGAGGGGAAUGGUCUGCCACUCAACCAAUCCAGGAGAGAGGGGGGAGCCAUCGAUGGACUGGAUGCAGAUGGGUGGGGAGACGGGCAGUAAUGGAAUCUUCAAUGAGGCAGCGUGUCCGGAAUCUGAGAAGUUUCCCGCUGCACCUGAAUCAACGAAGGCAAACAGGGAUUUGUGAGAGUCACCCCAGGAGAGUGCGGCAGGGAGGGAGAGUCCAGAGGCAGAAGGGUUGAGGGAGAGGAUACUGACCUUUGGAGGCUGACGGACGGAACGAAGGGGUCGCACCAGACAGGAGACUCGGAGGUGGUCAAAAGCAACACAAUAGAGGCAGCGCCCCUCUAACGGCCUAUGGUUGCAUUCCUCAGGAGUAAGAGUAGACAAAGACGGCGUGGGAGUGGAAGCGGGAGCGUUGCGGCUAGCAGCCGAAUGGAGCAUGAGACGUUCAGUCCUUCGUUGUUGUAGACGGUCAUCGAUCUCGGUGGCCAAGAGAACAAAACUCUCCAGGGUUGGCGUAUGGUAAGGGAAUUGGGCUAGACAAUCCUUAAGUUCCUUAAUUUGAAAGGUCAGCACGGAACUGAUGAAUGAGGGCUUCUUGAUUCCAAGCGAGCUGAGCGGCCAGGACCCGAAAGUCCAUCACAUAUUCCCGGAGGGGGCGGGUACCCUGCGACAAAGCCGACAGAGGGGAGACAGCAGAGUAGGAAGACUGCACCUGUCCGAAGGUGGACGUCAGCGCAGCCUGGAACUGUGCUACGUCCGAGGUCUCGGGGGCAUUCCUGGCAAGGAGACCUGCUGCCCACUCCAUCGCCCGGCCAGAGAGAUACGCGACCAUAAAUGCUAUACGUUCGUGGUCGGUGGGAAAACAAUCCAGACGAAGGCUGAAAGCCAUCCAGCAUUGAGCCAGGUAAGCCUGACACAUACUCGGGGUGCCAUCAAAUCGGUCCGGUGUGGGAGGAGGCAGGGGAGAAGAGGAGGCAAGAGAAACUGGUGGCAGAGUGGGAUUUACGGGUGGGUGGGAAACGAGAGACUGAGGAGGGGAGCUGGAGACCAGGUUAGCGAGGUGUUGAAUGCUGGCAUUGAGCUGGUCAAGAGCCUGAGAGUGCUGGGAGAGCAGCGCCAUGGGAUUAAACCCACGGGAUCCAUACUUUGGCUCACGAUUCUGUCACGCAGGGGCUGACUGCGGAGGAUAGGGAUCCAAUGCGGUGCCCUAGGUAGGGUUGGUGCUAGACAUAGGCGUAGUCAGAGUAAACAGGUCUGAGUCCGGGUAGGCGUAGUAGAGACUUAGGCGCAGAAUCGGUAGGCGAAGUUGUAAUCUAGGAAACAGGCUGGGGUCGGAGUCCGGGAAGGCGUAGAAGAGGCGUCGGAGUGGAUUCGGAAGGCGGAGGCGUAAUCGAAGAGAGAGGCAGGGGUCAGGAUCCGAGAGAGCGUUCUAGAGGCGAAGGUACAAAAUCGAGUGGCAAAGAGGUAGUUGGAAAAAGCAGGGUCGAGGUCCAGGGGAGACUCAGUAGUAAGGCGAAAGCGUAGAUAGAAGGUAAGCUCAGGGAGAGAAUCUCAAUCGUGAGCACUGACUGGGGGACUGAUGAGGUUUUAAGUAGAGGACUGAUUGACGCAUGCACGUUUGGUACGGGGAGAGCUCGUGGGAAUGCGGGAGCGCUUGCCUGCAUGAGGGAGAUUCGUGACAGGUACCAUUGAUCCUGCUGAUUUGCAAAAUUAAAAAAUGCCCAGGACUGACAUUUGUGUAGCCACAAUUUUGAACUCUACAAAACUAGAUUCUUCUGAGAUCUCUAUGCUCAGUCUGUUAAAGUUAAGAUUCCUAUUCCUGUUUUCUUUUUUACUUCCAUUCUGAUGGUAUACGUGGGACUAGUUAAUAAUAAUUUCCUUCGUGAUACUGUCUCUUUCGUCUCCAGGCACUCUAGUUUCCUCCUAGAAUUCAAAGACGUAGUGUUAAUUGGCUUCUAGGAACAUUGGCCCUACUAUGAGUGUGUCUGUGUCUGUGUCUGACCUGUGGGACUG